UAUGGCACAACUUUUGGCCCUUUUUGAACCAUAGUGUGUGGUAGUGGGCGUCCUCAGUCAGCUGGUGACAGACGGUGGAAGAGGUGGUCGUCGCGUGUCUCAGGUUAUCCUCGUGUCUUCCACUAUGGCAGUUCCCGAAAACUUGGUCAAAGUGUUUAAAUAUGUUGAUGAUAACAAGAUUCGCUUCAUCGAUGUGCUCCGAGAGGCUGUUGCCAUAAAAUCGGUGUCGGCCUGGCCAGAUGUGCGGGGCGAGAUAAACAAGCAGAUGGAAUGGGCGAAAUCAAAGUUAGAGGCUCUCGGUGCCAAGUGUGAGCUACAUGAUGUUGGCCUCCAGACCCUUCCAGAUGGGAAAAAGAUUCCAUUACCACCGGUGUUACUGGGCCAACUGGGCUCUGAUCCUAAGAAGAAAAUGUUGUGUGUGUAUGGCCAUCUUGAUGUACAGCCAGCAUUGAAGGAGGAUGGUUGGGACACGGAGCCUUUUGUCUUGACAGAGAUAGAUGGCAAAUUGUAUGGUCGUGGCUCAACCGAUGACAAGGGUCCAGUUAUUGGCUGGAUACAUGCGAUUGAAGCAUUCCAGAAAACUGGCCAGGAGAUUCCUAUCAAUAUUAAGUUUGUGUUUGAAGGUAUGGAGGAGUCAGGUUCCGAGGGUCUGGAAGAACUUCUCAAGGCACAGAAGGACAAGUUCUUGGCUGGGACUGACUAUGUGUGCAUUUCUGACAAUUACUGGUUGGGGAAGACCAAGCCAUGCAUCACCUAUGGUUUACGUGGUAUCUGCUACUUCUGCAUUGAGGUUGAGUGCUGUGCCAAGGACCUGCAUUCAGGUGUGUUUGGAGGGACUGUGCACGAGGGCAUGGCAGAUCUUGUCUAUUUGUUGAACACACUCUUGGAUAACAAAGGCAACAUUCUAAUUCCUGGAAUCAUGGAUGAAGUUGCACCAGUAACAGCCGAGGAAAAAAGCCUUUAUGAUAAUAUUGAAUUUGAUGUGGAGGACUACCGAAAAGACAUAGGGCACGAGAAACUGAUUCACCACGACGACAAAAUGGGGACUCUGAUGGCAAGGUGGAGAAACCCAUCUCUCUCAAUUCAUGGUAUUGAGGGAGCAUUCAGCGAACCGGGAGCAAAGACAGUCAUUCCCCGCAGGGUCAUUGGUAAAUUUAGUAUCCGCAUUGUACCUAACCAGACUCCUGAAUCUGUCACCAAGCUGACUGUGGACUACUUAAAUAAACAAUGGGAAAAACGAGGAAGUCCAAACAAUAUGAAGGUAACAGAAUUAGAUGGCAGUGCUCCGGCUUGGAUAGCAGAUCCAAAUCACGGUAACUUCCAGGCAGGCCGAAGAGCCACUCGCUUAGUAUAUGGGGUUGAGCCUGAUCUCACCAGAGAAGGUGGCUCAAUUCCCAUCGCAAUAACUUUACAGGAGGUAACUGGCAAGAAUGUAAUGCUGCUGCCCAUGGGAGCUUGUGAUGAUGGUGCUCACUCGCAGAAUGAGAAGAUAAACAUCCGUAACUACAUUGAAGGGACCAAACUCCUGGCUGCUUACAUAAACGAGGUAGCUAAAGUUUGAUCCGUCACCAUCACAUUCUACUGCAGUUUGUCCAACCAGAAAUUUCAUUCAAACUUGCAUGAAUUUUAGCUAUUUUAAUACAAAAAUAUUUUUACAUAAUUUAUGGUAAGCAAAUGUUGGUUAAUUAUAUCUGACAAAGAUGUAUUGAGAAUUUGUUUUAGUAGCUUUUCAGAAAUGUAGGAAUACAUAGUCUUUUUAAUUUGUUUUUAAUCUCCCUAAACAAGAAGUAAAAUGCUACUCUUGGCUCCUACAUGUUUUGUUGCUUGUAAGCAUCAUUGAAGUCAACAAACUUAUGAUAUAAACUCUGGAUAAUUGUCAACAUUUAGUGUUCAAUGAUUACUGCAUAAUAGAUAAAGAUCAUGUAGUAGAGGUGUCUUAAGAGUUUUUCCCUGUUAUACCUCAAAGGAUUGUAGAAACGUCUAGGAAGACAGAAAUGUUCUAAAGUACUCUAAUGAGCUGUGAUGUUUUUUGUAUGUUUUUUUUCUCUGUACCAAGGCAAGUAAUCUUGAUCGUUAUGAGCCGAUCUUGCCUGUCACCUUUCUCUUGUAAUUUGUUACAAAUAUGCAAAUUUUUACAAACUUGUUUUUGUAUACUGUUAUAUUAAUUUUGUUACUGCUUUUUCACUUGAUGUUUUGGGAAAUAAAAUUGUAUAUAUAAA